AUGGGUGUUCCAGCGUUCUUUCGGUGGUUAACCCGUAAGUAUCCGUCUGUUAUUGUGAAUGCCGUCGAGGAGAAACCUCGCGAUGUGGACGGCAACGAAGUUCCGAUCAGAACCACGGAGCCGAAUCCCAACUUUCAGGAAUUCGAUAAUCUUUACUUGGAUAUGAAUGGCAUCAUUCAUCCAUGUACACAUCCGGAAAAUCGACCGGCACCGAAAAAUGAAGAUGAGAUACUAGUAUUGAUGCGAAUUCAAUGGAUUAGUAUUGCAUUCUCAAAAAAAGGAAGGAAUUUCAAAUUUCAGGCUCUGAUCUUCGAAUAUAUCGAUCGUAUAUUCGCGAUCGUGCGUCCUCGUCGUUUGCUUUAUAUGGCCAUUGAUGGUGUUGCACCGAGGGCCAAGAUGAAUCAACAACGGAGUCGUCGGUUUCGUGCAUCGAAAGAGGCUGCUGAGAAGGCGGCUCAAAUUGCUGAAGUUCGAGAGCGUUUGGAACGAGAGGGUUACCCUUUGCCACCGAAGAAAGAGGAUGAAGAACACUUUGAUAGUAAUUGCAUCACACCAGGUACACCUUUUAUGGCGAGAUUAGCGGAUGCGUUACGAUACUAUGUUCAUGUACGUCUCAAUAACGAUCCAGGAUGGGAGAAUAUUGAAGUGAUCUUAUCGGAUGCGAAUGCACCUGGUGAGGGUGAGCAUAAAAUAAUGGAUUUCAUAAGACGUCAGCGAGCCUCUCCAUCGCACGAUCCGAACACAGUGCAUUGCCUUUGCGGUGCAGACGCGGAUCUAAUCAUGCUUGGACUGGCAACGCAUGAACCGAAUUUCAAUAUUAUUCGAGAGGAGUUCAUUCCGAAUCAGCAGCGUCCUUGUGAGCUAUGUGGUCAGUAUGGACACGAGCUGAAAGAGUGUCAAGGAUUAGCGCAAGAUGAGAUCGCCGAGUGUGAAUCGACUCCGAUGCAGAGGGAAACGAAUUUCAUCUUUGUUCGAUUACCAGUGCUGAGGGAAUAUUUGGAGAAAGAACUUCAAAUGAACAAUCUUUCGGUUCCAUUCGAUUUGGAACGUGCCAUUGAUGAUUGGGUAUUGAAUUUGGUUCUUAUGCAGUGGCCUAUUUGUAAUUUGGUGUUUUGCAUUGGUGUUUCAACGAGAUAUUAUUUCAAGGUGUUCAUGUGUUUCUUCGUUGGUAAUGAUUUCUUGCCGCAUUUGCCUUCGUUGGAAAUUCGAGAGAAUGCGAUCGAUCGUCUCAUAGCGCUCUACAAGGACAUGGUGGCCAGAAUGGGAGGGUAUUUGACGAAUCAAGGUGAUGUUCACAUGGACCGAGUGCAGAAAAUUUUGAAUGGUUUGGGUGAAGUUGAAGAUGAAAUCUUCAAAACGCGUCAACAGAAAGAAGUUUUCUUUCGUGAACGAAAUAAAGCGAGAAGAAGGCGUGAACGUGCUGCCACAACUCCAGCCUACAUUCCGGGUCGAGGUUCAUUGUUGGCGCCUCAAGCUGAUGGACCCGUAUCGUUGAGUGGCGCCGAAACGAGGCGUUUAGCUCGAGAUGCUAGAGUUCAAGCAAUGGAAUAUAAUAUGGCUUCAAACAGAGGCAAUCCAAAUGAAGCUGCAAAUCAAGGGAAUAGAAAACGAAAAAUGCAAGAGGACUCUGAGGAGGAAGAAAUUCACGAUGAGGUUCGCUUAUGGGAAGAUGGAUGGAAGGGACGAUAUUAUCGGUCAAAAUUUCAAGUGGACGGUGACGAUAUUGAGUUCCGUCAUCGUGUUGCAUGGGCGUAUGUGGAAGGACUUUGUUGGGUGCUGAAAUAUUACUAUCAGGGUUGCGCAAGCUGGAAUUGGUAUUUUCCAUAUCAUUACGCACCGUUUGCGUCUGAUUUUGACACCAUAUCGGAGUUCAAACCAGAUUUCAGUGCGAUCACUGAACCGUUUAAGCCUCUUGAACAACUGAUGGCCGUUUUUCCGGCUGCGAGCAAAAAACAUUUGCCUGAAACAUGGCAACAUUUGAUGACUGAUGAUGAAUCACCUAUAAUCGACUUUUAUCCGGAAGAUUUCCAAGUGGAUUUGAACGGGAAAAAAUACGCAUGGCAAGGAGUGGCAUUAUUACCAUUUGUUGAUGAGAGUCGUCUGCUGGAAACACUGAAAACGGUCUAUGAAACUUUGGAUGCAUUCGAAAGGGAGCGCAAUUCAAGAGGACCGGAUCGUAUCUUUGUUGGACCAAAACAUCCGUUUGCUAAAUUCCUUCAGCAGCUCUAUGAAGGAUCAGCAGAAGAUGCUAAAAACUUCAUCACACUUGAUGCUCAGUUCACCAAUGGUAUGGCUGGUGAUGUUGCGGUUGAUCCGAAAGUUGUUCCAGUCGGCAAACCGUACCCAUCACCUGUUCCACUCGACUGUUGUCCGAGUAUUCAGUCGAAUCACGCAAUUAUGGCGAUCUAUCAAGAUCCACAAUUUGACAGAUCCUUUGUUUUCUCGACGAAACGCCUUCCUGGUGCAAAAGAAGUGCCUCGAACGUUGAAGCCAUCCGAUUGGAAUCCAAAUGAGUCGUAUCGACCACAAAUCGGAUUCAGUCGCAAUGUACCUCGUGGGCAACUGGCCGAUGCAGGUCAUCGUAUGAUAGCACAUGAGAUGUCGUUCCAACGAAACGGUCCGUCAGGUGUCGUUCAGGUCGAUAAGCAGUGGCGUACGGAUCAGCGACGUUUCAACCGAGCUGCACCGUACCCUCAACAACAACAACAGCACUAUAAUUCCGGUGGCGGUCCGUCCAUGAAUCCACCUGACAUGAGCGGAUACCAUCAAAGUAGGGAUACGGUUCGUCGAAAUCACAGUUUCCAUGGAUUUGAGGGACGAUCCGAAUACCCAAAUGAUCGUGGCUAUUAUAAUAGCUCUCAACAAGGUCAACAACAGCAACAAAGAUAUCCGUCAGGAGGAUAUUACAAUAAUGGUUAUAAUAGGGGCGGUCGGGGUGGUAGAGGGGGAUCAGAUUGGUCCUCUAGAGGUGGCGGAAACCGAUGGUAA